AUGUAAUUGGAGUAGGAUGGCAUACGGAAUGAUGAAAAACAGAUCAAAUAUGCCUUGCUUAGUAAAGAUCAGGCUGAACAGAGAAGGUAAGACGUGGAUAAUUGUCAAUAUUCUUUGGACUUGGCAGUGUAGAAUGACAUAAUAAUGGGGAUGAUUUUGAUAAACUUCACUUGUUCGAGUAAUCAAAUUCUGAUUGACUUUUGCGGGCAGUAACUCAUGAGUGUCAAGGUGAAUAAUAAUGAAUGGACUUCGGAGGAAAUUGCUCAGAAUUGGAGGAAACAUUAAUUAUCCAUCAAUACCAUCAAAGGUGAAAAUUGCAUUAUGAUAACUUUCAGUGUUGCAUUUUCAGAGAGCGAAUUUGGACUAAUUAAAUACACCUAAAAUUAGGCUACGUAUAUCAUCUCUUUGUUUUGUCCCAAUUAUUGUCAUUCGGUAUCACCAUUUUAAUCAUAAGUGCUUCCCCUGCUUUGAUUAACCAGACAUUAAGGCUAAGAUCAAAUUAUAAUUGACAUGUCCCAAAGAAUGGCUGGCUGUUUCAAACAUGAAUCCAAUUUUGAUUGAACAAUGCUCCGAAACACAAAACCAAUGGAACUUCGCAACCACUCCCAAAAUCAGCCUCUACCUCUUCAGCAUCAACAUGGGUCAAUGGAAAAAGAUCUCCAACGAGUUGCACUCAGGUCUCCAAAUGAAUCUCUACUCAGAAUAAGAAAAAUACACGGCCUGCAUGAAGUAACACAUCUCCCCCCAUUAUUUUAGUUCCAACGCUCUGAUCAAAAGAUGCAUAGAGGAAGGCUUCCAAUAUUACGAAUCCUUGUUUGGCAUCCCCUUCCCAUUUGAAAAAUAUGAUCUGAUAUUCUGUUCCUUCUACUUCUCAGGAAUGGAACACCCUGGAGCUGUCCUGAUUACCAGAAAUAUGCUCCAGAACAAAUUCGACUCCACCUUAUUGACAAGAUUUUUCCUCCUCUUGUUACACGAACUCUCACACAUGUGGUUUGGCAAUUUAGUUACUAUGAAAUGGUGGAAUGACCUAUGGCUCAAUGAAGCCUUUGCUGUAUAUAUCUCAUACCAAGCAUUACAAUCUGUAUCUAAGAAGGAACCCUUCAAUUCCUAUAAGUUCUAUGACCCAAAAAUACAUUAUCUCCUUUACAAAUAGAACGGAGUCAACUUAGAUAUUAAUACUAAUUCACAUCCAAUUGAAAUGAAGAUCGAAGAUGCAAACCAGGGGUUGUAAGCCUUUGAUUCCAUUACUUAUAACAAGGGUUCAGCUGUGCUUUCAUCUUUGGUAACAUUGAUAGGCUUCGAUAAGUUCAUUGAAAUUGUCACACAAUAUUUGGAUAAAUUUAAAUGGGCAAAUGCCACCACCAAUGAUCUUUUUGAUCUAAUUCAUUAUCACUCCAAGGCUGUUGACAUUCAACGAUGGAAACAAGAAUUCAUUUAGUAGAAUGGAAUUAAUGUCGUGGAAAUUAUCUCCUAAGACUAAUAAAAAAUCUUAAAGCAAAGUUCAAUCAGUGGAAAUGCUAUUCGGCAACAUCUGAUGAAUGUCCUAUUGAUCAAGGAAGACAAUCAAAUGGAGGAAAGAUCAAUAAUGAUGAAUAAAGACACACAUUAUUUGUGCGACUCAAAAGACUAUUCUGCUGCCAUUCUAAACUUCACUGAUGAUGCUUAUUGCAUUUCAACCUUGGAUGAUAAAUCCUUGAGUUUUGUGCUUACUAACUUCAACAAGUUGAACUUAUCAAAUCUAAUCAAAGUUUCAAUACUCAAUAACAUCUUUUAAAUGACCUACAUUCUGGGAACAUUUAAGGUUCAAUACUUUAUAGAAUUUUUGUUGCCGUCCAUGGUCCCAGAUAUCGAUGCGGAAGUAUUUUGUCAUUCCCAUAAACUCUUAGGUUUUGAACUUUAUGAUUGAAAAGCUGGACAUCCUCUUUGCCUAUUUGAGUGUGGAACAAUAACUUAAGUUUGGUCCCAUCAUCUUUGAAAAACUCGACCUACUUAGAGCAUCUAAUAAUGAAUUGAAGCAACUUAUAUUAAGUUAGAUUGGAAAUUUCGCCUUUGACAAAGAGCACAUCCACAAGAUCUAUGAAAUUUUGAUGAUGGCUGGAGCUCAACAUCGAAGUUUGUCUUUGUUAGGAAAGUUCCUUGAUUGUUUGUUCUUGAAAAAACACUAUUUGAAUUAGGAGCAUCUCUUAUCCUACGAAUAAUUUUGGAACACCCUCAAACCUUACAAUCCAAACUUUGUGAUUCGAUAAAAUGCUGCGGCUUACACUUGGGAGGAGAUCCAAUUGUAUUUCCUUUCCUUACUUGAGAACACAGCUGAAUACAACCAAAUGGAGUAUAUAUUGAAGGGAAUCAAUAACCAAUACUCUCUAAUUUAUGACCAAUAUUUAUAGAUCUAUUAUUCAAAUAUCAAAACCUUGUGUGCUUGUCUGGAUCAGCAUAAAAUCUUGAUGUACAAUAUUAUGUUGCUAAUUUAGUGUGCUUAAUGAGGGAUUCCCAAAACAAGGGGACUUUAACUUAUAAUUGUAAAUCUUGACUGAAUUAGAGUAGCAGUUUCCAAAUUUAAAUUUUACACUAAACUAACUGAAACAAAGAACAAUUCAAAAACAAAAAAUACAAUAAUCAUUUGAUUGA